GGGAGGUGCUUCAGUCAUGUCCAGCACCUGCUUCUGGUAUGUGCAACACCUGUUUCUGGCAUAUCCAGCAGCUGGUUCAGUCGUGUCCGGCACCUUGUUUCUGUGUGUGCAACACCUGUUUCUGGCGUAUCCGGCAGGUGGUUCUGGCAUGUCUGGCAGGUGUUUCCCUCAAGCCUGGCUGGUGGUCCAGGCAUGUCCAUCAGGUGGUUCCGGUGUGUCGGGCACCUGGUUCCAGCAUGUCUGGCAUGUGGUUCUGGAAUGUCCAUAAAGUGGUCCUCGCUGGUCCAGCAGGUUGUCCAGGCUGGUAUGGCAGCUGCUUCAGGCUUGUCCAGCACCUGGUUCUGGCCUGCCCUGGACCUGUUUCUGGCGUAACCAGCAGAUGGUUCCGGCGAGUCCAAGAGGUGGCUCGGCUGUGUCCGGCAGAUGGUUUCAGUGUAUUCAGCAGGUGAUUUGGACGUGGCCACCAAGUGUUUCCACCAUGUCUGG